UGUGGGGAGGGGAGAUUCGUAGGGGCUACGCGCCCUCACCCCGCGCGCCCGGGUACCCCACCUCUGGCGCGCGCGCGCCCGCCACCCCCUCCGCGGCCUCCCGCUCCCGCCUCCCCGCCUUCCCCUCCUCCUGGUGACGUCCGGGUCCCUGCCCGUCUGAAAACUCCGCGCCGCGGCGGUGGAGGCGGCGGCGGCGGCGGCAGAGGAGGAGGAGGAAGAGCGCGGCGAGCCGAGGCGGCGGCGGCGGCCCGAGCGGGAGCCCGAGUGGCAGCCGGCUGCCGCGGGCAGCGCGGGCAGCGCGGGGGCGGCCCGGAGCGCGCCGGGGUCCCCGCGCCCCGCUCGCCCGCCGCGCUCCGAAGAUGGUGGCGGCGCCGUGCGCCCGGAGGCUGGCCCGGCGUUCUCACUCGGCGCUGCUCGCGGCGCUCACCGUGCUGCUGCUGCAGACGCUGAUCGUGUGGAAUUUCAGCAGCCUCGACUCCGGGGCCGGCGAGCGCCGCGCGGGCGCAGCGGUCGGCGGCGCCGCGGAACAGCCGGCCCCAGCCCCGGCUCCGCGCCGGGAGCGCCGGGACCUGCCCGCGGAGCUGGCUGCAGCCCGAGGAGGAGGCGGCAGUGAAGGAGGAGGAGGACGGGGGCUCCCGGCACGGGCGCGGGGAGGCGGCCCCGGAGAUCCGCGGGCGCAGCAGCCGGCCCGCCGCGGGGCACUGCCCGCCCGGGAGCUGGAACCACACCCGAGUCCACUGAUCACCCUGGAGACCCAGGAUGGCUACCUCUCUCACCGGCCAAAAGAGAAAGUGCGAACUGACAGCAACAAUGAGAACUCGGUCCCCAAGGAUUUUGAGAACAUAGACAACAGCAACUUCGCCCCAAGGACCCAGAAGCAGCAGAACCAGCCCGAGCUGGCCAAGAAGCCCCCAGGCCGAACGAAGGAGCUUCUGAAAAGGAAAUCGUCGGAGCAGCCGGACAAAGGGAAGGGCCACUCACUCCUGGGCAAAGGCCCCAGCGAGAGGCUGACCCCCAGCGACAGGGCUGCGGCCAACAGCAGUCACGGGAAGGCUGCCCCGAGACAGGCCCACACUAGGAAGAGUGGGGGCAGCUCCCCUGAGGCCAAGAAUGACCAUCUUCCCAGAUGUGAGAUCUCAGGCAAGGAGGCCAUCUCUGCCUUGUCCCGUGCCAAGUCCAAGCACUGCCGCCAGGAGAUCGGUGAGACCUACUGCCGCCACAAGCUGGGGCUGCUGAUGCCUGAGAGAGUGACGCGGUUCUGUCCCCUGGAAGGCAAAGCCAACAAGAAUGUGCAGUGGGACGAGGACUCGGUGGAGUACAUGCCUGCCAACCCCGUCAGGAUCGCCUUCGUCCUCGUGGUGCAUGGUCGUGCCUCCCGGCAGCUGCAGCGCAUGUUCAAGGCCAUCUACCACAAGGACCACUUCUACUACAUCCACGUGGACAAGCGUUCCAAUUACCUGCAUCGGCAAGUGCUGCAGAUGGCCAGGCAGUACAGCAACGUGCGUGUCACCCCCUGGAGGAUGGCCACCAUCUGGGGGGGAGCCAGCCUCCUGUCCACCUACCUACAGAGCAUGCGGGACCUCCUGGAGAUGCCCGACUGGCCCUGGGACUUCUUCAUCAACCUGAGCGCAGCCGACUACCCCAUCAGGACAAAUGACCAGCUGGUGGCGUUCCUCUCCCGCUACCGGGAUAUGAAUUUCUUGAAGUCACACGGCCGGGACAAUGCCAGGUUCAUCCGGAAACAAGGCCUGGACCGGCUCUUCCUGGAAUGUGACGCACACAUGUGGCGCCUGGGGGAUCGGCGGAUCCCAGAGGGCAUUGCCGUGGAUGGCGGCUCUGACUGGUUCCUCCUGAACCGGAAGUUUGUGGAGUAUGUGACAUUCUCCACAGAUGAUCUGGUGACAAAGAUGAAACAAUUCUACUCUUAUACCCUGCUGCCAGCUGAAUCCUUCUUCCACACAGUCCUGGAGAACAGCCCCCACUGUGACACCAUGGUGGACAACAACCUGCGCAUCACCAACUGGAACCGCAAGCUGGGCUGCAAGUGCCAGUACAAGCACAUCGUGGACUGGUGCGGCUGCUCUCCCAACGACUUCAAGCCCCAGGACUUCCACCGCUUCCAGCAGACUGCCCGGCCUACCUUCUUCGCACGCAAGUUUGAAGCUGUGGUAAAUCAGGAAGUCAUCGGGCAGCUGGACUACUACCUGUAUGGCAACUACCCGGCAGGCACCCCAGGCCUCCGCUCCUACUGGGAGAACAUCUAUGAUGAACCCGACGGAGUCCACAGCCUGAGUGAUGUAACGCUCACCCUGUACCACUCGUUCGCCCGCCUGGGCCUACGCCGGGCAGAAGCAGCCCUGCACACAUCUGGCGAGAACAGCUGCAGGUACUACCCAAUGGGCCACCCCGCCUCUGUCCACCUCUACUUCCUUGCCGACCGUUUCCAGGGCUUUCUGAUCAAGCACCAUGCCACCAACUUAGCCGUGAGCAAACUCGAGACACUAGAGACGUGGGUGAUGCCAAAGAAAGUCUUCAAGAUCGCAAGUCCUCCCAGCGACUUUGGGAGGCUUCAGUUCUCCGAGGUUGGCACUGACUGGGAUGCCAAGGAGCGGCUGUUUCGCAAUUUUGGGGGCCUCUUGGGUCCCAUGGAUGAGCCAGUGGGCAUGCAAAAAUGGGGAAAGGGGCCCAACGUGACUGUGACCAUCAUCUGGGUGGACCCUGUCAACAUCAUCGCAGCCACCUACGACAUCCUGAUCGAAUCCACCGCUGAGUUCACCCACUACAAACCCCCUUUGAACUUGCCCCUGAGGCCUGGGGUCUGGACAGUGAAAAUCCUCCAUCACUGGGUGCCAGUGGCAGAGACCAAAUUCCUCGUGGCCCCUCUGACCUUCUCCAACAGGCAGCCUAUCAAGCCGGAGGAGACACUGAAGCUGCACAACGGGCCCCCGCGCAGUGCCUACAUGGAGCAAAGCUUCCAGAGCCUGAACCCCGUCCUCAGCCUGCCCAUCAGCCCUGCCCAGGUGGAGCAGGCCGGGAGGAAUGCAGCGGCCACAGGCACUGCGCUAGAGGGCUGGCUGGACUCGCUGGUGGGCGGGAUGUGGACCGCCAUGGACAUCUGCACCACUGGCCCCUCUGCCUGCCCGGUCAUGCAGACCUGCAGCCAGACAGCCUGGAGCUCCUUCAGCCCUGACCCCAAGUCGGAGCUGGGGGCCGUCAAACCCGAUGGCCGGCUCAGGUAGCACCGGACACAUGUGGGCCGCACAGGAUCUCAACAGGAAAGCUGCCCAGAGGGCUUGGUGGGGCCUCAACUCUGGCUUCCCAGCGCAGGGCAGCCUUUGUUUGUGCCAGGGGCUUGUCUGGCUGUAGAAUGACGCAGAAGGAAGGGCUGGAGGCCAGGGUAGGUUUGCCAGCACCCUGCACUCAGCAAGCUGUGAGAUGGCUCCGUGCCAGUGGUGGUCUCACCUCUUCCGGUUGAGCCACAGGUUCCGCAGGUUCCUUACCUUUCCCCCACCCACCCCAACAACCAACCCCCUCCAGUCCUGGCAGUGAGUAGUCUCACACUUUGGUUUGGAGCAGCAGAGCUUGGCUUGCUCAGCACAGAAAUAGACAGAGGCUCAGGGUACAGGUGCAGGUGCAGAUGAAAUCCAGGCUGCUGUGGGUUCAGCUUCAGGGUUCCAGGUCAUCUCUCAGAGCUCAGCCCGCCAGGCCAUGUCCGUGCCAAGGCCAUCUCCUAUGGUACCUCUUCAGAACUCAAGGGCUCUGCCAAACCCAGUUUGACAAGCACUGCCCAGCCUCCAGUUUGAUCUACAGCCUCACCCUUCUGCUUCUCUUUCUGCUUCUCUCAGCUGGAGAUCACAAUAGCUGUUGAGCCAGCCCUGAAAUGAAAAGCUCCUGGGAGCCUGCAGGCCCUUCCCCCAGGGAGUCUAGCAGGCUUGGGAGGGCUUCAAGCCUUCCACCAGUCCCUCAUGGACUGAGCUAUUCUCCUUCGUCAACGAGAUGAGCAGGAAAGUCUUGGAUGGGACAUGGCCAAGGCCCCUCCAGAAGUGUGGGAGAGAUUGGUCCAGAUCCCCCCCCUCCCUUAAGGCUGCCUCCUUUGGCAACGGAACCAGGCUGAUGCUUGUAGAUGUGAGCCUCAAGUCUCUAAGCCAUUCAUGGCCUGGAGACCAAGACCCUGGAUCUCUGGUCCUGGAAAUUGAGAAUUUAGGGGGCCAUUGCCAUGAGACUCACAGCAACCUGCCUGGAGUAAAUUUCCUGAACUGGACAGCACAGUAGUGCCCAUUGUCCAGCAGAGCCCGUCGGUUCUGAGUUCAGGUGCCCAAAGCCCCUGGGACUCGCUGCCUUGGUGCUGCUGCAAGCAGCCAGACUGCAUGAACCAGGAAGCAGUGUUGCAGUUUUGGUUUGUAAUGUCAGUCCCUUCCUUAGCUGAGCUACCAACCCAGCCCAACUGAACAUGCAACGUAGACAAACGAGCAGGUGGAGUGGCACAAACGGGAAGGCCAUUUGAAAUAACAAAACAAAACCGAA